UUUAUCACCGUCGUUCGUUCGCAGCGCAAGUUCUAGCGGAAAAUAACCUAAGAGCUGAGGUUGGUUGGCUGUAUCCACCACCUCCGCCUCAGUAGUGUGUUUUCGUUUUUUAUCUCAUUUUUUAAAUAAUACAAAAAGAUCCAAAUAUUAUAAAAAUAAAAAAUAAAAAUUAGAUCUCAGAAGUGUCUCAGCUUUAAUUCAACCAAACAAACCAUCGUUGGUUUUUGAAAAAUAAAAAAUACACCCUUUGUUGCAAAUUUUCGAUAAAGUGAAUAAAUUCCAAAACCAAAAAAUGAGAAAUAUAAGUUUCUUUAAUCUCAAAGUUAUUUACACGAUUAUUAUAAAUUGUAAACCAAAUGCAAGUGCCAUUCAGAAGUGAAACAGUGGAAAAAAGUAUUCCCAAAGUGCAAAAUAAAAAUAUCAAGAUAUCAACCUUAAAAUUCAGUAUUUAAUGCAUUCCAUAUAGCUAAGCAAAAACCGAAGGCAAAAAUCAAUUUUGUUUCGAAUUGAACUUCCAGCUUUUGCGUGAAGUUCGCAUAGAUAUCGCCAAAAUACUUGCCAAAUAUAUUCAAUUUAUAGAAUUAUACGAGUAUCACUGCUCACACUCUGAUCUGAUUGAAGAGCUCUGUCUCGUGAAUUCAAUUUUAAUCUCAUCAUCAUCAAGUUAACACUUAAGAUAACCACACGUCAGGAAUUUAAUAACUUCACAACAACAGCAACAACAUGACGAAGAAGUACGAAUUCGAUUGGAUCAUUCCGGUUCCGCCGGAGCUAACAACAGGAUUGGUUUUCGAUCGGUGGUUCGAAGACAAAGAUACAACCGAUUUUGAAAAGGACGCUUUGUUUCGAGUCGAUGAAUAUGGUUUCUUUUUGUACUGGAAGAGCGAAUCAAAGGAAGGUGACGUGAUAGAAUUGUGUCAAGUCAGUGACAUAAGAGCAGGCGGCACACCAAAGAUUCUGGCUUGCAAGGAUCCAAAGCUUUUGGAUAAAGUAACAAAAAAGCACGGGACUGAUUUAAACAAGCUUGAUGAAAGAUCGUUGACAAUAUGUUCGAAUACAGAUUACAUCAAUAUCACUUACCAUCAUAUAAUAUGUCCAGAUGCUGCAUGUGCCAAGAUCUGGCUACGUGGCCUAAGAAAAAUCACUCAUAAUUCGAAGGCGAACAACAUAUGUCCAAUGAUGGUUCUUAAAAAACAUUGGAUGAGAUUAUGUUUCUUAGUCGAUGUCAAAGGUCGAAUUCCAGUAAAAGUCAUUGCAAAAACAUUUGCAUCUGGUAAAACAGAAAAGCUAGUCUACCAAUGUAUUUCCGAUGUCGGAUUGCCAGGUGAUAAAAGUGCCACAAUGACAAAAGAUGAAUUUACUUUCGAUAAAUUUUAUGCUCUGUAUCAUAAAGUCUGCCCUAGAAAUGAUAUUGAAGAGUUGUUUGCAAACAUAACUAAAGGAAAAUCUGAUGUUAUUGGUCUGGAACAAUUCGUUCAGUUUCUCAAUGAAAAGCAAAGAGAUCCCCGGAUGAAUGAAAUUUUAUACCCGCUUUACGAUGAAAAACGUGCCACAGAAAUCAUCAACGAUUACGAAUUAGAUGAAACUAGAAAGUCAGCUCUACAGCUAUCAUUGGAUGGGCUAAAACGAUAUCUCAUGUCCGAUGAAAAUGCUCCCGUAUUCCUAGAUCGACUGGAGAUUUAUAUGGAUAUGGAUCAGCCUUUAGCUCACUACUAUAUAAAUUCCUCGCAUAAUACGUAUUUAUCUGGUCGACAAUUUGGUGGCAAGAGCUCAGUGGAAAUGUAUCGGCAAACUAUGUUAGCCGGAUGCAGAUGCGUAGAGCUUGACUGUUGGAAUGGAAAAGGCGAAGAUGAAGAGCCAAUAAUAACUCACGGAAUGGCCAUGUGUACUGAAAUUAUGUACAAAGAUUGUAUUCAUGCCAUUCGUGACUGUGCUUUUGUAGCAUCAGACUAUCCCGUGAUUUUAUCAUUCGAAAACCAUUGCAAUCGAGCGCAGCAAUACAAAUUAGCAAAAUACUGUGAUGAGAUAUUCGGAGAAUAUCUGCUCAAGGAGCCAUUGCCUGAUCAUCCUCUGGAACCUGGCAGACCACUCCCACCUCCCUCAGCUCUUCUAAAGAAGAUACUCAUUAAAAACAAAAGAAUGAAGCCUGAGGUUGAAAAGAUCGAACUUGAGUUAUGGCUGAAGGGUGAAUUGACAAUAGCCGAUGAACCAAGCGAAGAUGCUAGUGCUGCAAAACCCCCACCGGUAGAACCACCACCAGAAGCUCCCCCAGCAGAGGGUGCACCUCCAGGUCCUGACGGUGCUCCAGCAGGUGAGGGUGCAGAAGCAGCUGCAAACUACAGUGGAUCAACAACCAAUGUCCAUCCAUGGCUGUCGUCAAUGAUUAACUAUGCCCAACCCAUAAAGUUCCAAGGAUUCGAUAAGGCAAUCGAAAAAAAUAUUGCUCACAACAUGUCAUCAUUUGCUGAAACGGCCGGUAUGAACUACCUGAAACAGCAAGCCAUCGACUUUGUCAAUUAUAACAAACGACAAAUGUCCAGAAUCUAUCCAAAAGGUACACGGGCUGAUUCCUCAAACUACAUGCCCCAAGUGUUUUGGAAUGCUGGCUGCCAAAUGGUCUCAUUAAAUUUCCAAACUUCAGAUUUGCCCAUGCAACUUAAUCAGGGCAAAUUUGAGUAUAAUGGAGGCUGUGGCUAUCUACUGAAGCCUGAUUUCAUGCGACGUAGUGACAAAGACUUUGAUCCAUUUGCUGAUGCUCCCGUAGACGGUGUGAUAGCUGCUUCAUGUUCUGUGCAAGUAAUUGCUGGGCAAUUUUUGUCAGAUAAGAAAGUUGGAACUUAUGUGGAAGUCGAUAUGUUCGGUUUGCCAUCUGAUACAGUUAAAAAAGAAUUCCGAACACGCUUAGUGCCAAAUAAUGGUCUUAAUCCAGUUUACAAUGAAGACCCUUUCCUUUUCCGAAAAGUGGUCUUACCUGAUCUGGCUGUGCUGCGUUUUGGUGUUUAUGAAGAGAGCGGAAAACUAAUUGGUCAGCGUAUUCUACCGGUAGAAGGUCUACAAGUAGGUUAUCGACACAUCUCGCUACGAACUGAAGCUAAUUUCCCCAUGUCCUUGCCUAUGUUAUUCUGUAACAUCGAAAUGAAAAUCUAUGUACCUGAUGGAUUUGGAGACUUCAUGGCAUUGUUGUGCGAUCCAGGUGGCUUUGCUGGAGCAGCAGCUAAACAAAAUGAACAAAUGAAGUCUCUCGGUAUCGAAGAAACCAGUGCUGGAGGAGCUCGAAAUGCUGCCAAAGGUAAAAAGGAAGAGGAAAAGAAAGAACCACCUCUAGUUUUUGAACCUGUGACAUUAGAGUCAUUGCGAAGUGAGAAGGGCUUCCAAAAGGUUGCCAAAAAGCAAAUCAAAGAGCUCGAUACUUUAAAAAAGAAACACACCAAAGAUCGCAUGGCUAUGCAGAAAACUCAAAAUGCUGCAAUUGAUAAAUUAAUAAAAGGCAAGAGCAAGGACGAAAUCCGCAAUGAUUCAGCUAUAAAGAAUGCAAUAACCGAACAAACAAAUCAAUGGACUGAGAUGAUUGCGAAACAUAAGAAGGAAGAAUGGGACAUGUUGCGCGUGCAUGUCCAAGAUUCGCAGGAAGCCAUGAAAGCCUUGAUGCUCACGGUUCAAGCUACUCAAGUCAAACAGCUUGAAGAAAGACAUUUGAAGGAUGUUAAGGACUUGAAUGCUAAACAAGCUAAAGUCUCUGUAGAAACAGCAAAAGAGGUUCAAUUGGAUAAGACUUUAAAAACGAAAAAUGAAAAAGAUCGUCGACUUCGAGAGAAAAAACAAAACAACAUCAAAAGAUUUAUGGAAGAGAAAAAGCAAAUCGGUAACAAACAGAAUCGUGAAAAGGAAAAACUAAAGAAUGCCCAUACCAAACAGGUCGAAGACUUUAGUACUGAUGUUACAAAGCUACUUGAUAUGUACAAAAUGGAGGAAGAAGCUUACAAAAUUCAAGGCAAAUCGGAAUUUUUCGCUUAAGAAUUAAAAUUAAGAACCAUUAAAUAACGAACACAUACCAAAAUUAUACAAAAUUAAAAAAAAAAAACAUAUUCUCAGUCGAAAUGUAAGUUAAAUUUAUAUUUAAAAAAGAAAAAAGGAAAAAAUCUUUAAACAUACAUAUACCUAAAUUAUACAAGAAUUAAAUGCGGUUAUAUUUCCAAUCAGAACAAUAUAAUUAAUUUCUUAUUGAGAUGAUUUAUUGAUUGUAAUAUAAACGCAUUAACUCUGCCGUAUACAAGAACAAAAAUAAAACAACAAGUUUUUGGAAAGUUGCAAAUUUAAAAAAGUUGUAAUUUACAUAGAAUAUAUUAAGUGUAAUUUCCGCUAUUUAUUUAAAACAAAAAUCAAGUAUAGAAAUGUACAGCAUAAUGCAAGUCAAGAUUUAUUUACCUAUAUCGACUUAUUAAAUAACAUUUAUUUAUUAAAACAAAUAUACCUAUAGUUAAAAACAAAAAUAUCUAAGAUAUACUUUAAAUGUUAAAUCAGAAGAAAACACACCGAUUAACUUGUAAGAAGUAGAGAAAUUGAAUAUUUAUUGUAUUUAUUUAUUUUCCUUUUUAUUAUUUCUUUGUUUUGUUUAAUUUAAUUUUUAAAUCAAAGAAAAAAAGAAACCACUAAAUCUCAUCCAGAAGAAAAAGACUUUCUUAUUUCAAUAAAAAAAAACAACGUCACUGUCUGGUAACGUUGAAGUUGGUCUCUCUAAAUCAACUUAAACAUACAAAAAUUUGAAUUGUUUAAAUCAAUUUGUAUGUUGCAAUUAAAUACCAGAAGAAAAAUAAACUCUUUAUAAUUUUAUACUUUCUUAAAAUUUGAAUUUGCUUUGCAAAACGGAAUUUAAUAAUAAAAAACCAAAAACAAAACAAGUAAAACUGAAAAUAUAUGUGUUUGAACCGUAUGCAUUAUAUUAUAUUUAAAAAAAAUUAAAAAUAAUAAAUAAAGUCAAACUUUAUGAAAAAAUAAAAGUGAUAUAGAUGUUCUAGAUUUUAGAAUAUUAUAGAACACAGUAUAUAUACAUACAAAAACAUAGACCUAAUGUGAAUAUUGAAUCAAUUAGAAACAAAUUUAUCUAUGAAAAUAAAAACAUUUAUUUUUAAAAAAAUACUAAAUAAGUAACUAAAAACAAAAAUAUUAAGCGCGUUGUUGGUUGAGAGACAAAAACACUUUGUUAAUGCGUAAACAUUAAAUGGAACCAAGAAGAAAAAUAUUAAUAUCUAUAAACUUACUAAUAUCGUGAAUGAAUAAAUUGCGCUGUGUAUCGAACGACGACGACGAUGACGACGAAUGAAUGAUUAAAUUAAAUUUAUAGUUUAUUGUACCUUCUCACGAACUUGGUAUUAAAAUUGUUUAAUGAAAACCCUUGUUACAUUGAAUCUCUUAAAUAAAAACAAAAUAAGGCAAACCAUCAAAGUUCUGUAAAAUAUGGAUCGGCCAUAGGUUUCCAAGUGUCUGCAUCAAACAAUUUUCAUAUCAUGUUGUUAAGAAUAUUUAAUUGCGUAUUAAUCAAUAGUAGGUAUAGCAAAAGUCAAUAUAUUAUCUAUUAGUUAAUUCCAAGUUUUAAAUCAAAUGAUAUAAGUUUAUUUAUGUUUAUUGUAAACAAUCCUGUGUAGGAUGAAAGAAACUUCCUAAAAUUAAAAAUUUAAAGUCGUUAUGAAUUAUUAAAACAUCCUAAAUAAGUGGCAUACUAUUAUAAUAACUGAAACUAACUAUUUUCUAUAACAACAUUUUCGAUAAUUUUUGCAUUUGAUUUCGUGCCUUAUACAUUUGUGUUAUAAAUAAAAAAAACUGUCCAAUUCGACCUAUAACAUUCUCUUCCCAUCAAUCAAUUAUAAAAAUCUUACUCUUACUAUCUUAUCAUAUACCAUCCAAUGUAGUUCUUACAAAUUUCGAAAACUCUACAACAUUUCCAUUCGAAUGAAAACCUCCUGCUCAAUUAUAAGUUUUUUUUCUUUUUAUGUAAUCCCUCAUUUAGGACAUUUGUCCUUAAAUUAAAAUUUAUACACACCAAAACGCCAUCUAUCUUGUAAGCCUAUGGUUUAAUUGUUUCUCAAUGCAUAAUGUUCACAAUGAUAUGAAAGUCCUAAUUUUUUUAAAUUUAAAGAAAUACGUAUUUGAUAUAUGCACUUACAUUUUUUAAAUUACGUGAAAUACAUUUCAGUUAAGUAAAUCAUUGAAUAUUAAAUUAAAUAUAAAUACAUACAUAUAUAUAUUUUAUUCCUUGAAAAAUUUAUUAAGAUUAAGUGAUACUUAUUUUGAUUGCACUAAUUUUCAAUUAUUGGCAAGAAAAGAUGGAUCAAGAUUAAAAGAAAGGUAUAUUUAAAAAACAAAAAAAGUUAAGAGCAAAUGCAGAAUUAUGAAAUAAAAUAUUAAAAGAAAUAGUAAAAUUAUUGAAACAUGCAUUAUGUACGUAGAUAAAUGAAUAAUAAAAGUAAUUAAAAUCGCAAUAAAUUAAAUGUAAAUGGCAUUCUGAAAAUUGAGACUGCAACACUCAAGUAAUUUGGGUUUAUGGCAGAUUAAAAGGUCGAAUAAUGUAUUGGACAUUUAUAUGAGCAGCAUUAAUUUAUUGAAAUUGAAGUUUGCAACAGACAGAUUUAUUUACUAAUCUUUUUAGAACGUAAUUAAAUAAAUGAUAUGAUAAUUUAAAUGGA